UACGACGAUGCGGUAUUCCAAGCUGAAUUAUGAAGCAGUUUAAAUAAAGGAAAUACUGGAUUAAAUGCAUUCAAAUGUAUUUCCCUUCACCGUCAAUGAAUAUUCUUGGACUGUGAUCACUACGAAGGCGAGAGGUUGGCUUUGAGAAGGAAAAUCCACUUCCUUGUUUGUUUUGUAUUGAUUUUGGUGUUAGCCAUCCAUCGAAUAGCUAAACGUUAUCUCUGUUAACGUUAGAUAGAUAGCUACAAGCCUCUCAGCAAACCGCUUUGUGGCUAUGACUACGGAUCUUUUAUCUGACUUGGAUAGUCGUUUCUUCGCUGACAACCUUCUCACAAGCGAAGACUGGGAUGCCUGCCUUUACCAGUGUGAGAGCAUGGAGGAAGGAGAGGAAAGCGAUUACAGCGCAGGACUGAAAUAUAACCCAUCGUUCCACAAUGACCUCGUGCUGACCCUCGAUCCCGACAAUCCCACGUCGCCAUGGAAGCACCUCAGCGACAACCUCCUCACAGGUGAUAUGCCUGUUGUCAAGGAGGAGAUGACCUUAACACAGCCUCUGCCUGUCGACAUGCUGUUUCAGGUGAAGGCGGAGCCUCCUUCUCCAAGCUCCUCCCCAGGUUCAGACGCUCCUUCUCCAGACACACAGAUUACAGUGAAAGGGGAGAACCCCCCCACCCCUCCCUACAUGUUUGGGGAUGUUCUGUCCCCCCCGCUGAGCACUAUGGAGGUGACGGUGUCGGCGCCGGCCCCCCCACACCCCCCCUCCACCCCCACCCCCACCCUGCCCUCAGGGCCCAGCAUGCCCCUCCAUGCAGCUCAGCCUUCAACCCUCAGCCAGCCCCAGCCCCUGGGCAGCAUCGACCCCUCCACACAAGCCACAGUUAUUCCGUGUGUGGCGAAUCAGAAGGCCAGCUCCAUCCUGAGCAGCAAGCCUCCCAUCCAGCCUCGUCCAGUGUGUGUUGCAGCGCUGCCCAUUCCCCAGGCGCCCAGCCCAGCUAAAGCCCUCAUCCUGCAGGGACAGAGCCGACCAGUGGUCAUCUCUCCGUCCGUCUGCCUGGGCUCCGCUCCGGCCAUGGUGAAGAUGGAGCCUGUAUCUCCCAGCAUGCCUCACUGCGCUAACGCUGCUACGCUACCGGGUAGCAAGCCCAUCAUCCCCGCAUCAGCACUACCUGGCAACACGGACAUCGACAAAUGUGCGUUUGAAAAGUCAUGGCAAGGAACCCUGACCUUUGUGGCUCCGCCCUGCUCGCAGAUGAAGGUUCUGAAGAGGCAGCAGCGGAUGAUCAAGAACCGCGAGUCUGCGUGCCAGUCGCGCAAGAAGAAGAAGGAGUACCUGCAGAGCCUGGAGGCCCAGCUGAGGGAGGCGCAGCUGGAGAACCAGCGGCUCCGCCGAGAGAACCAGGCCCUGAGAGAACGCCUCGGCUGCAAGGAGGGAGGUGAAUCGAACAACAACAAGAGGGCCGUGUGUGUGAUGGUGGUGCUGCUCUUCAUCACUUUCAGUUUCGGCCCUGUCAGCAUCACGGACAGGAAGUUGGAGUCGGCGCUGCAGGACAGCUUGUCGGGCCACACGGGGAGGCACCUGCUGGCGUUCGAGGAGGAGCAACAGCUCAACCAAUCCCGCGCCAGUGAGAGGACGGCGCCCGCCGAGGGGACGCUGGCCGAGGAGGAGGGGGGGCAGGACAGGUGGGGGGCCGACGCGGACCCCUAUCAGUUCAGGAACCUGAGCAGUGUGUUCAGCGAUAUGAAGGAUUUGGUUCUGCAGGACAUUGACCGGUACUUCAACUCUCCUGACUGCAGGCAGUUCAACCGCUCUGAGUCCCUCAGGCUUGCUGAUGAGUUGAGAGGCUGGGUCCACCGCCACCAGAUCGACCGCACCAAAUCUGGAGGGAAGCCCAAGAUCGUCAAGAAGCCCAAAGUAGCACAGCAGAAAACUCAGCACAGGAAGACCAACUUCUCCCGAUACCUUCCCAUUCAGGCACACAGAUCCAUUGAGAGCCAGCUGCAGGUAUUCCCCGGCCCAGAGAUCAGCUACAGCGAUUUCCUGGACGCCAUCGACCGACGAGAGGACACCUUCUACGUGGUGUCCUUCAGACGGGAUCACCUGCUGUUGCCUGCCAUCAGUCACAACAAGACGUCGCGGCCCAAGAUGUCUCUGGUCAUGCCUGCCAUGUCCGUCAACGAGUCUCUGUAUAACUCCUCUGGUGGCUAUGAGAUGAUGAUGCAGGUGGACUGUGAGGUGAUGGACACUCGCAUCGUCCCCAUCAAGGCCUCGGCCGUUCCCCCGUCCCUGCGCGAGCCGCCCCGGCCUCCUCCCGCCCACCAUCACCACGGCAACCACACCUCCCUCAAGGGCCGUCACCACGCCAACGGGGCCGCGUCGCCCCGGCAACCCUUACCUGUGAGGAGGAGGGGCUACCUCCUCAGCCAGGGGGGAACAGAUGUGUGAGGAAGAGAGGGAAGAGAGAAACGCGCACGAGGGAAAAACAGGGAGUUUGUUUUGGCAACGCAGGAUGGAAAGAAGCCCUGCAGAGGAGAGGAUGUAAAAAGUGAAGGUUGCUCAAGACUUAAAAAGAAAUUUUUUUUUGUUUUUUUUUGGUCGUUAUUUCCCCCCCCAAGCAAAUAGCAGAGUACCAUAAGUGGUGGGCCAUAACCGGUAGACCUGCAUUCCACAUCAGCCUGAAAAGCCACUGUUAAGGUUUAAAGCAGUAGCCCACACAACAUACAAUCUGAACCCAGGCCAUCACCUGUAAUCGCCCCCCUCAGACCAAACACACACAACUCAGCAGGCCACACUCUCGUAUCUUAUUUAUUAUAAAGUGGUAUGAAUCUCCUCUUAGAUAUAUGUACGUAUAUCUUAAUAUAUAUACGUUAAUUCCAGCCCCAUCUUUAGUGUCCUGCGCUCCCAGACCUUGACCUUGACCUUGUAGAGUGUGGCGUUCGGCCGCGCCGUAGGCAGUCGCCAUGGUAAGGUGGCGGCUGUGUCGGGGGGGUGUAGUCGUAGGGCUUCUGUGUAGCCUGUGUUUUGUGUAUUUGCUCUCAAUACUGUGAGGUGUUUUUUAUUUUGUCUUUUGUUUUUUCGUGUUUUUGUUUUGUCUGUUUAUGUUUUUGAUUAUUUUAUAAAUGUAUUUGUUACUUUGUAAAUGGCUUUUUAUAUUUUUUUGGAGGGUGGGGAGUAUUUAAUGUGACCAUGUGCUUUAAGAUAGUUGUACAUAUUGGUGAUUAUUAUUUUUUAUUUUUAUUUUUCUGUUUUGUACAUGAUUGAGUUGAAUUUUGUUCUGUUGUGUUGUAUUGCUCCUGGUUAGUCAGUUGUGCCGGUGCUGACUGCCUGUACAUAGUACAUGCCAUAGACAUAUGUACGUGCUGUAUAUAUAUAUAUAUAUAUCUAUGGUACAUGCCCUGUACGACAGGAGCUCUCGGAGUCCUCCAGCUGGUCCGCUCUGUGGACAUAAAGCGGAGACUUCCUCUUGACGCCCUGCGGCACAAAUUCUGUGGUAAACUCUGCAAAUUCAGGCGGAGAGACACUGACAUACUGUUUUCCCGCGUUUGCCACUGUAACGUUGCUAUAAACUUCUAGCAAAAAGCAUCAGACGUUUGAAUAGGGUCAAAACAUGACCCUAUAUUCGUUUGGGAUAUACUACCAUCACCAAGCAAGUCCAACCUGUACGGAGAUCAGGUUUGCCAUUUUAGUUUUGGAGCACGAAAUGCGAUCGUCCGACCUGUUCCUGAGGAUUUGUGCGUUCCGGUCUUUAGUACAAAAAGACGUUAGCAUUUACAGUGCGCCCGACUUUGCCUGUAGGGGGCAGUACGUUAAUGCAUCACUCAGCUCUUCCGCCAUAUGCCUCAAAUUGACAUUUAUAAUCAUCUGAUGAUAUACUGUAGUUCCAAGAAGUGUUUUCUAGCACCUCUUACAACUCAGUGAGAAUUAUAUUACAUUUUUGCAGCAACAAAUUAGGCAACCAAAAUAUCUCAAUUACAGUGAAUUUCACACUCUGUAAUGUUGCAAAUAUUAUGUAAAAUAAGACUUUGUUGUUUAUAGUCAAUUCCAGUCUGUUGAUAUCGGUUGUUUUUUUGCAUUCGCUUUGUAAGCUUCCUCUCCUGUUUUCUUCCCUCGAUCGCCAGACUCUGAUUAGACGUACGGGAGACCAGUAGGUUUGGUGAGUGUCUUUGUCCGAUGCCAAACCACAUGAGCAGACAUGUGGGGGACCAUUUCAGUGCCCCAUUGUGUUCUGUCCAGUCAGUUUUGUACUGUGUAAAUGAUGAAAGACAGGAUGGCAUAAAUUGUGGCUACAAACUGUAUUUUCACCCUGUGGGGUUGAGUUGUUUUUGUUUGUUUUUGUUUGUUUGUACAAGUGUGAUUGACAGAAUGUGUGUUUCUGAGUGCAUGUGUAUAUGGGUAAGUGUGUGUACGCCCAUAGUAUGAUUCUGUUAUAACGUUUUCCUUGUUUGUGAAACAUGACAUUUUGAGUCUUUAGUGAGUAGUUCAAGAACGUAGACAUUCCCUCCAAAAAUCACUGACACACACACAGACAUACACACAUACACACACCCUUCAAACAAAUCACAUGUCCUGAUUAAGACUUAAUGGGUUUUGUUGAAAGAAUUCUGUAAUAUUUUGUGUUUGUUCUUUUCGCAUGGAGUCAGAAGGUUUGUUAGAGAAUUGUAAAUAUGUUCAGAGCCCCUGUGUCAUUUUUUACAUAAUUGUACUAUUUAAAAGAUUGCUUUUCAUGAAGAGUCCAAUUUAAUUCCUUUUUUUUUCUUUGAUUGAACAAGAUUUUUGAACUACUGCCUUUUCUCUUUGUAGAGGAUAAAAAUAAAAGAUUUAAAUAAAAUAACAAAUAUUUAAAAAUC